GGUGCACGAGGCCUCAUGGGCUCCCGGGGGUCUCCUGGCCCCCCCGGACCACCGGGUGCCAGUGGCAUCGACGGAGCACCAGGACCCAAGGGCAACGUGGGAAUCCCUGGGGAGCCAGGCCCCCCGGGACAACAAGGGAACCCCGGUCCUCAGGGUCUGCCCGGCCCCCAGGGCCCCGUGGGGCUGCCGGGGGAGAAGGGCCCACCGGGAAAACCAGGAAUACAGGGUGUUGCUGGGGCCGACGGGCCUCCGGGUCAUCCUGGCCGAGAAGGGCCAGCUGGAGAGAAGGGCCUCCAGGGCCCUGUGGGUGCCCCUGGUCCUGUCGGUUAUCCGGGACCCCGUGGGGUGAAG